AACCCAAUCGCGCGAGCAUAAACCCACCAGAACGCACUGCACGUCUGCACUGCAGUGACUGCUUUCUCUCUCUUGUUCCUCUCUCUCUCUCUCAUCCCAAACGGCGAUUCCCUAAAAUGGCCACCAUCCACCGUCGUCGCUACCGUACCAACGACGACAUCUUCACCGUCAAGCUGCACGGAACCAAAAUAACCGUCACGGUCACCUCAACCGCCUCCGUCGUCAAGAAAUGGCUCAAGUCCACGCUCCACAUUCACCGUUACCACCACCGCCAUAGCGCUCUCGUCGUCGGCCUCGGCGUCCAGUGGACUUCAAACGCCCAACCUCCUCAACCUGCAGACACGUUGCAGCUCUGCAUCGGACGCCGGUGCCUGAUCAUUCACCUCACUCACGCCCAGCGCGUGCCUCGUCUCCUUCGUCAUUUCCUCUUAGACCGUAGAGUCACCUUCGUCGGGUUCUGGAACCACUCAGAUCGGUCAAAGCUUGAAGACUACUGGCCUAACUUACAGAUGUGGAGGAAACCUGAUGAUCUAAGAAAGUGGGUGGCUAUGGUGUACGAUGAUCCAGAGCUGAAAAAGGUUCCGGUGCGGCGGAUCGUGAGGACUUGCCUCGGGUUUGAAGUUGAGCAGUCGAAUGAGGUCAGCGAUAGCGAUUGGGAUGGAGAAUAUCUUAGCGAUGAUCAAGUUGUUUUUGCGUGUGUUGAUGCUUACUGUGCUUUUCAGAUCGGAAAGAAUAUCAAGGUCUGGAGUUUGGAUUAUUGUUAACAGGUAAAAUCGAUUUAACUCUGCUUUCAAAAGUGCUUGUUCAUCAGAACCUGUCAUAGCUUAUAGUCCUGCAUUUUGAUUUUGAACUAUGCCUAGCUAGUAGCUACUAGUAAAGCUUCACCGGUGGACUUGUAUUAUAUUGACGGUGAAGGAAGUGUUCUUGUCUUUUCUUUCUAUGUUUGCUCUGGUGUUUCAUGAUUCAUGAAUAUUGAUGAUCGAUUCCAUGUUUUGAAGCUGCUUUAA